AUGGACUCAAGACAGUAUUCAUCGUUCACUGAUGUCUUACGGGGGAAUAUUAAUAGUGAGGACGAACUUUUCAGUUUAUCUGAAAAUAGUCCUGUGUUAGUCCAAGAUUCUUCACUGGAUGAUGAAGUUGCCACUUCUAAGAAAAAAACAUCAUGUGGUGUCGGCUUCAAUCCUGAGGAAGACAAGCUGCUUGUAGCAGCAUGGCUCAAUACCAGUAUCGAUCCUGUGAAUGGUAAUGAGCAACAUAAAACAACGUUUUACGGCAAAGUUGCAAAAUACUUCAAGGACCACAGGAUUGACUCUACACGUAGUAUUUCAUCCCUAACAAGCCGAUGGGGACUGAUUAAUAGGGAAACAGUUAAAUUUUGUGGUUCCUUAACUAAAAUUGAAGCAAAGAAUGAAAGUGGAACCACUGCUGAAAUGAAGCAAAUGUUGAAGGAUUUUCCCAAGUGGGCAUCUACUAUGCCUAGGGAAGAUUCAAGAAAAGAAAUGCCUCAAACUCCAGAUUCAAUAGAUCAAGGAGGGGGGGUUGGUGACACUAUGAAUUUCGAGAGGCCAAUAGGUAGAAAAGCUGAAAAGGCUAAUCGAAAGAGAAAAGAUGACGGGAAAAAUGUUGCAACGGAAUAUUUGAAAAAGAAAAAGAAAAUGCUUGACGAAUCUUAUGCACAAGAAAAAGAGAGAGUUCGUCUCAAAGCGGAAAAGGUUUGCUUGAAAGAGUUGAAAGAGAAUGAAAGAAUUAUGAUGCUAGACACAAGUGGCAUGAAUGAAGACCAAAGAACUUUUUAUGAUGGACUCAAAAAGAAAAUCCUUGCAAAACAAAGAUCAAGUAGUUCGUUGGGUUGA